AUGCAGUUUCUCAGCACCAUGCUCCUCGGCGUUGCCGCCCUCGGCGCCACCGUCACGGCCAUCCCGGCCGAGCUCAAGGCUCGCAUCCCCGCCGGCGUCUCGUACACCGAGAUCGAGCCCAGCCAGAUCCCCGAGGCGGUCAAGCUGUCCGCGGCCUCGGUCAACUCGACCCAGCUCGACGUCCGCAGCCUCGAGAAGCGCGCCGACCACGGCGUCUACCUGUGCACCAACUCCAACUGGAGCGGCCACUGCGUCCACAUCAACGCGCCUGCUGGCGUCUGUGUCCCCCUCGCUGGCGACCUGAACGACCAGGUCAGCUCCGUCGGGCCCGAUGCCGGCGCCUACUGCCGCUUCUACUUCAACGCCGGAUGCACCGACGACAACGGCUGCUGGCACUUUGACCUGACCAGCCCCGGCAUCGACAACCUGAACCAGCAGCGCUACUGGGUCUGCGGCCAGCCCGGCAACAACCCCAACGACAGGGUCACCAGCUACCAGUGCUGGGACUGGUAA